CUAAAAAAGUUUGCAUUACACUUUAUUUAUUUAUUUUUGUAUUAUGUUUCUCCGAAUUUUAAUUGGUGAGUUCCCAGUUAUUGAUGGAGAGAUGAAAUAAGAUCGAGCCGUUUCGUUCGUUUCUCGUCGGCCCAGGCGGGAUAUUUCUCGUCUGUAGUCGCCGCCGCCGCAGCUGCUUUCAUUACUGCUGCAAUGCAGGAGAAAUCAUCGAGCUCGGCGCGCGACGGGGCGCACAGACUGCGCAGGACUGCGGGACCGCUCCGCCACUGAGGCUUCCAGAGGCCGCCCGCCGGCAGGACGGAUGACACCCACUGGCGCCGACUGACUGAAGUGUUUUACUUCAUGACACGGCGGAGUGCACAUUAUGGACAGCAGAUCAGCAGACGGCCUCUCCCUGAAGCCACUGGAUGGCAGCAGGCAGCGGAAGCCCAUCCCAUAUUCGGUGGAGACGCCCUACGGCUUUCACUUAGACCUGGACUUCCUCAAGUACGUCGAUGACAUCGAGAAAGGCCACACCAUCAAGCGGAUUCACAUCCAGAGGAGAGCCAAGGCGCCCAAAUUCAGCACGCUGCCCAGAAACUUCAGCCUCCCCAAUGGCACCCGGUCAAUCCAGAAGGACGGCUGGCUCCCUUCCUCCCGAGGCCGCUCCGGGACGGUGGGUGUUCGCCAUGUUUUGGACUUUGAGGCGGCUGCUGCGGGCCCACGAGGCGCCCGGGAGGACGCAGCCCAGAGGCUUUUUGAUGAGCAGCCCUUGGGCUUCAGGGUGAAGCCCCAGCUGCUGAGGGCCUCCAGCAUGCCAGUCACCGUCCUUCAGAGGAAGCACUCGGAGAGCAGUGAGGACAUCGCGCCGCCGCCCCCCGGCUCGGUCCCUGGGUCCUACGAUUCUUCUGAAGUCCUGUUUCGCUCAUGCGAUGGCUCUUCUCUGCCAGAGAGCCUCGAGCCGCCGCUCGUUAUUCAAGAGCUGGAGCAAGAGGUGGCAUCUGUCCCUUACCGGUCAUGUGACCACUCACUCACGCAACCCUCAGGGGGCAAUAAGCAGGACCUGGCCAGCAGUCCAAAGACAUCGGGGAAAGACAGAGAAGAGGAAGAAGAAGGCAAGGCCACGCUGCAGGCCUCCUCGCCCACCAGCGGUGCCACAGAUAAUCUCACCAUCAUCACGCUGAGGACUAAGCUGACAGUCCUGGAGAAGCAGCUGAAGGAUACCACGAGGGACUUGGAAAAAGCAAAGGACCUUCUGAAACAGCAAGCCGAGGGGGCCGAGAAAGAAAAAGAGGUGGGAUUUGACCCAAUGGGGCGGCAAGGACCAGGACCCGGUGUGCCCACGCAAAGACACGAUGUCUCUGUGGGCACUGACACAAAGGAGCUGUGUGACAGGGGCGUCACUGCUUUGGAUCCCCAGAUCGAGAUGACAACCCGGGCCACUCAGAUACAAGCCGACGAGUUCCCCUGUCUGGUUUAUUCUGAAGAGAAAGGGGUGCAGGUGGAUGGCCCCCCUCAUGAGGGUCCUGUGGGGGACCGCGUGCAUGCAUUUGAAGGAGGGCAAGUGAAACCAAGGGAAAGGAGCCCACCUGAAAAUGACCUUGGCCUUCAGUCCACUAGGUCACCAGGGAUCGGCCAGCGCCUGACAAAAAUCCAGGAGCUCCUGCACGAGCAGCAGGGGGAGCUGGAGAGCAACUACCCGGAGCUCAGCCUUUCCAAAGUCAGUUUGAUUCAGCGCCAGCUGCUCAGUUCCUUUAGUGCCCUCAGGGCAACGUGGCAGUCACCCCCUGAGGACAACAAUGCCAACCUGCAGACUCCAGGAGAAGGCAGCUCUCCAUCAUCCACUCUGAAAUCCAUUAUGAAAAAGAAGGACAGCCGGAGGAAUGCAACAAAAAAGAACCUGAAAUUCGUGGGAGUCAACGGCGGAUACGAGUCGACUUCAAGUGACGAGUCAAGCAGUGAAGACAGCAUUCAAGUCGACACUCCAAGUGGUGCAGAAGAUGAGGGGGCCAUUGAGGGGGACGACGGAGCAGCUCAGGAGGUGACGCCGGACAGGACAGCUGAGGAUUCCCAACAGCCCCGGAGGGUUGUCGUGAGCGAGGACUUCCUUCAUGCCUGUCAUUUCUUAAAGGAUCAGCUGAAGGACAUCGAGUUCCCGGACCAGAAGCAGGCGCAGUGUUUGAGCCUCGUGUACCAAGAGUGGUUCGGCGUGUCCAGUCAGAAGCGCUCCUCGGCGGGCGAGGUGUCUCACUAUCUACAGGAACUUGUGGCCAUUUCAGCCGAGAUGGUCGAGUUUGUCGUGAACUUGGCGGACGGCAACGGGAACACAGCCCUUCAUUACAGCGUCUCGCACUCCAACUUUGACAUCAUCACACUGCUGCUGGACACGGGUGUGUGCCAGGUGGACUGUCAGAACAAAGCCGGCUACACCGCCAUCAUGCUGGUCUCUCUUGCCGUCACUGAAUCUCAGAAGGACAUGGAGGUGGCUUUGAAGCUCCUGAAGCAGGGGGACAUCAAUGCCAGAGCCAGCCAGGCUGGCCAGACAGCUUUGAUGUUAGCAGCGAGCCACGGCCGAGUGGACAUGGCGAGAGCCCUGCUGGAGUGCUGCGCCAACGUCAACGUCCGGGACAACAAGGGUCGCAGUGCACUCCUCCGCGCCAGUGAGCACGGCCACCUGGACAUGGUGCGCCUCCUGCUGGCUCAGCCUGCCUGUGACGUCCAGAUCAGCGAUAGCGAGGGCAGGACGGCGCUGUCUGUGGCCCAAGAUGGUUCCCAUGCUGACGUUGCGGACCUCCUUGCGGCACACUCCCGGGAGGCAGAACCGCAGCUCUCCUGACCAUCUUCAGACCGAGCCCUCCGUGCCAACAUCCACCUGGCUGGCAUGUGGCAGUGCGCCCCCUGAGAAGUGAUCACGUGACGGCAUGCGACCUUUCCAACAGAGACUGGGGUGUGCGGGGGGGGACUUUCGGGGGUGUCAUGGUGCACUCUCUCAUUUUAAAUGCUUUUUGUAUUUUCUUUUGGCUGACAAUACACUCGCACCUAUGAAGCACACAGGUCGCACCACUCUGCUGUUUGCACUGGAAAAGCAA